UGAUGAUGAAGCAGACAACUAUGAUCCGUACACUACAGAACUGAAACAGAAUAAACAGCAGGAAGAAGAUGCUGGCAAAGAGAAGGGAUGGCAAACAAGUGAGCUAUACAGUGCCAAGGAGAAAUCCGCUUCAUUAAAUGUUGAUGAGGAGUCUUUCAUUUGGACGUUGAUGUGGUCUUUCUUCGACGUUUUGGUGGACGUGGUGUUCUUGUGAAAAGAUAUAUGCUACUACUUUAUAUAUUAGAACUGGACAUAUUUUCAGUGUGUUGCUAUUAAUGGUACUUCAGCCAAAUUGAGUUACAUGAAUUCUUUACUAUAUAUUAAUAGUUACGUGUGGUAACUUUAGAAGAUACAUAUUGUUUGCAAAUCUGAUGUUGUUAAUAAACUGUUUGAUUAUUUAGCAUUUGUAUAAAAGAAACGUUUAAAAUAAUUCUGUCAUUAUGUUGGAAUAUGAGAAUCAAGUAUUUCUGGACAUUCUUCAUGAAGAUGGGCUUCUAGUUGCUGCUAAGGGUCUAGGAAUUGAGACAGUCUUCCUUAAUCUUCUGAAGGUGUAUUGUGACCCAGGUAACCUGGUUAUAGUUGUGGGAACCACAAGUAAGGAGGAGGAGUUCUAUGUGGCACAACUAGAAGCAGGGGGGGUGAAGCCAUUGCCAAAAAUAAUCACAACGGAAUAUUGUGCAUCUGACAGAGAGCAUGUGUACUUGAAAGGUGGUGUGUUGUUUGUGUCAUCCCGCAUUCUGGUGGUGGACCUCCUGAAGGACAGAGUUCCUAUCUCACAUGUUACUGGUUUUCUUGUAUCCCGUGCGCACACAAUACUGGAAUCAUGCCAAGAAGCAUUUGCUAUUCGUCUUUAUCGUCAAAAGAAUAAGACUGGGUUUGUGAAGGCAUUUUCAACCUCACCUCAAGCAUUCACAGCUGGUUUCUCCCAGGUGGAGCACAUUAUGAAGACUCUGUUUGUUCGCAACUUGUACCUUUGGCCACGCUUCCAUGCCACAGUCAGUGCCAGCUUGGAUAAGUGCAAGCCACAAGUUAUAGAGCUACAUCUCCCAUUGACACCAGCUAUGUUAGAGAUCCAGACAGCAAUGCUGGAUCUGAUGAACUUCACUGUGAAGGAACUGAAACAUAUCAACCAAACACUGGAUACAGAUGAGUUAACAGUAGAAAAUGCUGUCUCUAAGUCAUUCCACAAAAUCUUACAGAUGCAACUGGACCCAAUCUGGCAUCAGCUGAGUAUGAAGACUAAGCAGCUGGUUGCAGACCUCAAAACUCUGCGUCUUGUACUCUCAUACCUCACUAAAUAUGAUUGUGUGACAUUCUAUACAUUAGUGAAUUCAUUGCGAAGUACUGAGUAUGCAAUGAAGAGCUCAGGUUGGUUACUGCUGGACGCUGCAGAGACUUUAUUUGUUGUCUCCAAGCAGAGAGUUCUUGGGACACAGAGAAAGAAGGAAGAGGACAGUUCAUCAGAGGUGCAGCCAGAAGUUAACCCCAAAUGGGAGGUGCUGUCUGAGAUCUUGAAAGAAGUAGAUGGGCUGUCAAAGCAAGCAGCAGGAAAGGAUCCGUCAUAUAACAAUAAGGUGCUUGUUCUUGUUGAAGACUCCAGGACCUGCAACCAGCUCAUGCAGUAUCUCACAGUUGGAGCUCAUGACAUGUUGCUUCGCCUCUACGAGAAAGCUUUUCGCUGCUCUCUGCAACAAAGUGCUCCUCAGUCAUCAAAAUCGCUCAGUAAAUCUGAUGAAAUUGUGACACCGGAAGAUGAAUUGAAAAAUGAACCAGAGAAUGAUGAAGAUAGCAAAGACAGUUAUGCUCUUUCUCAGAGACCAAAACCAGACUGUGAGGAAGAAGACAAACCAGAAGCCCAAUAUGAAGAGUAUAAUCAGGUUGAAAAUGAGGGUGGUGAUAAAGAAGAGCCAGCUGAUACAUUUAAGCCUCCAGUUGUGAUCCUGCAGACUUUCAAAAAAUAUGGUGAUCCUCUUGCAUUACCCAGGACUUUGCAAACUAUUAAGCCCAGAUUUGUCAUUAUGUAUGAUGCAGACAUGGCUGCUGUGAGACGCCUUGAGGUGUAUAAAAGCAGUCACCCAGAAAUUCAGCUUCGUGUCUAUUUCAUGAUGUUCGGUGGUUCAGUGGAGGAACAGGCGUUUCUUACGUCUUUACGGCGUGAGAAAGAGGCAUUUGAUUUCCUCAUCAAGGAGAAAGCGUCGAUGGUGAUGCCUGAAGAUCAGGAUGGAAAGUCUGGUGAAUGCUUGGAAUUGUCCCGAGACAUGUCCAGACCUAAUCUCACUGUGGCACCGACAAGCUCUCGUAAAGGUGGCACCACUGACCAGAAUGCCAGAAAGCCUUCGACAGUUAUUGUAGACAUGCGAGAGUUCAGAAGUGAAUUACCAGCACUGAUUCAUAAAAGGGGCAUAGAAAUUGAACCUGUGACUUUGCAGGUUGGUGACUACAUUUUAACACCUGAACUGUGUGUGGAGAGGAAAAGUGUGAGUGAUCUGAUUGGCUCUCUAAACUCUGGCCGACUGUACAAUCAAGCCCUUGCAAUGACAAGGCACUACAGUAAACCAAUGCUUCUUAUUGAAUUUGACCAGAACAAGCCUUUUGCAUUACAGGGAACUUACUAUGUGAGCAAUAAUGUAACAUCCAAUGAUGUUGCAGCAAAGCUCCAACUCUUGACACUGAACUUCCCAAAAUUGAAGCUUGUCUGGUCACCAAGUCCCUAUGCAACAGCUCAGCUGUUUGAAGAACUCAAGCAUGGACGGGAAGAACCAGACGCAGAAAAAGCAGUGGCUGUGGGAAUGGAAAUGAGUUUAGGACAACAGGACUCAGACAUGCUGGAGAAGUGGAACAGCGCUAUACACGAUUUUAUGACCAAGUUACCAGGAGUGACGACAAAGAAUCAGCGCUCAUUGCUGCUCAAAGGCCAGUCCCUCGACCACCUGCUUUCUCUUUCCAAGGAUGAAUUGGUGGAGAUGGUGAACAACAGUAGUGAAGCACAAAACUUGUUUGAUGGACUUCACAAAACAUAUCAUCAUAUAGAAGAACUUGACGUAGGUUACAAAGGCCCUGGAAGAGGGCGAGGUAAAAGUCAUGGUCCGUUCAAGAGACGAAAAGUGUACUCCUUCCCAGGACAUCUCUGAAUGUUUAUACAUGUCAUGAGGUGAAAGAAUGUAAAUUUGUUUGGCAUUUGAUAAUUUCCUACAAUUAACAGCAAGAAUUAUAUCUGGUGUGGUUCAGAUAUAAGGGCUGUGGAGCUGAGUUCAUAAAGAUUCUUGACUUUGAAUUGGACACCUGAUGUCCAGAAGAAUAGGGGUGUUAGAAUAAUGCUUGUCAUUGUGUCUGGAGUAGUACUAAUAUUUGUCUUACCUACUUUCUCACAUUAACUGGAGACAGCUUCUGAAGAGGUAAUUUGGAGAUGUAAGUUAACUUACCUUUCUUACUGCUCAGAAUGCACUAGGUACAGGGGGAAAGUCUGCCCAUUUCCCAAAUGUGUGGUUUGCAGUAUCUGGGGUUACUAUAUAAAAUAGUGUGAAUAAAAUCAUAAAAGAUUUGAGGCUGUCAUGUCAGGAAGGAUUUCCAGGGUGGUCUUCUGGGUUGUCACACUGUGUGUGUGUUGGUGGGGAGGGGAUGCUUGGCUGUAGUGAUGGAAUUUUUGUACCCACCUACAAGUUCACACACAAUCACAACCCAAAUGAUUAUAAUGGACAUAAGUAAAAUGACUUUUCAUAGGGCGUAUCAACAAUAUUUAUGAUAAACUGUAUGUAAUUUAAGUAUAGCUGUUUAGUGAAAUUACACAUAUUUACUUAUUCAGUCAUUUGAUACCUGUAUCCAAAAUGUUUAAAUAAUGCCUUGCAUAAUGCUGUAAAUGUUUAUAAAUUGUACGAUGCAUAAAAUGAACCGACUGGGGUGCUUGGAAGGG